AUGGCCGCUGGAUUUUUCCAUUGCUCGCUGCCAGCCUUGUGGGCCAGAAAGCGCCGGCGAACGGAGCGCCGUCGCUCUUCGCCUCCGCCGUCUCCUGUCCUCAGUCAAGAUGAGGAGGACUGCAUCCUCGGCCUCCUCAAGCUGUCGCGUUCCCCGCUCGCCCCUCACGGCGGGGUUCAGCAGCCGACAGAGCCAAAGCAACAGCCGGCGCUUCUUACCCGAUCGUCGCCUCCGCCGACGAUACAGCAGCAAGAGCAGUCUCUGCUCUUGUCCCCGGCGCUGAAACAGCAUCGGAAGAAGGAGCCGCUUCCUCCUCCAACGCCUUCGACCGAUGAUCUGCGCCCCUACAAGUGUUCAGAAUGCGGCAGAGGAUUCACUUCGUACCAGGCCCUCGGCGGCCACAAAAGCAGCCACCACCGGAAACGCCCAGCGCCUAGCCCCCUGUCGGAAAAGCAGCGGCACGUGAAGGCGAGAAGAUCAAUAGCGAUGCCAUCGACUUCACUGGUGGAGUGA